AUGGGCAGAGUGAACGAGACAGGCACCACCGGCUUCAUCCUGUUAGGCUUCUUCCCCGAGCUCGGGCACAUCACCGCCGUGGUGGCCCUCAUUCUUCUGGUCUACGUGGCUGCCCUCACAGGCAACACCCUUCUCAUCCUGCUCAUCUGGCUGGACAGCCAGCUCCACACGCCCAUGUACUUCCUGCUCAGCCAGCUCUCGCUCAUGGACCUGACCUUGACAUCCAGCGUCAUCCCCAAGAUGGCCGCCAACUUCUUCUCUGGCUGGCGGGACAUCUCGUUUCUGGCGUGUGGGACCCAGAUCUUCUUCUCCCUGACCGUGGCCAUUGCGGAAUGCAUCCUCAUAACACUCAUGUGCUUCGACCGCUACGUGGCCAUCUGUAAUCCGCUCCGGUACCCCAUCAUCGUCAGCCCCAGGGUCUGCUUGCAGAUGGCUGCCGUAUCGUGGACUGGGGGGGCACUGACUUCCCUGGGCCACACGGUGUUCACCUUGCAUUUUCAGAUCUGCAGCCCCCGCGAGAUCCCCCACUUCUUCUGCGAAGUCAUGGCCGUGCUUAGGAUUGUGUGCGAGGACAUCUCUGCCUAUGAGAAGGCAGUGGUGGUGACCAGCAUCCUCGUCCUGCUGCUGCCCUUGUCACUCAUCCUGUCCUCCUACGUGCUCAUCUUCCUGGCCGUCCUCCGAAUGAACUCUUCCGAAGGCAGGAGCAAGGCUCUGGCCACCUGCUCCUCUCACCUCUGUGUGGUGAGUCUCUAUUUCGGUCCAGGGAUGUUUAUCUACAUGAGACCUGGCGCUGCCAAGACCCCGAGGCUGAACCAGGGUCUCUUUCUGUUUGGAACGGUCCUGACUCCUCUCCUGAACCCUCUCGCCUACAGUUUCAGGAACAAGGAUGUUCUGGGCGCACUGAAGAGGUUGAUGGGGAGAUGUCUGUCCUCCACAUAG